AGGCCUCAGUCAUGCAUGUCGAUGUCUUACAAUAGGGACGCAGCAGACAAUUUCUAUAUAGCACAUGAAAAGAUAUACUCAUUUCUUGCAUCUCUCUUCUCCUUUGGAGACAUAACCAUGCCUUGCUCUGCCCCUGAAGACCACCCCAAACUGCCCUCCAACCACUGCAAGUAUCUCCCAGCUCUCAUCAGGGAUGCUUGUGCUCAGUGCCAUGGCUCCUGCCUCAGAACUCCCUCUUCUUUGAGCUCCGAAGAUGGGAGUCCAGACGACGAUCUCGAUGACCAAAAUGUGAUAAUUUUGGAGAUUCGAAAUCGAGCGAUGAAGGCUAAAUCCAGGCCAAAAGACUUAUUGUUUUCAGGGAGCUUUAGUUGGUCUGUGUCUCCAACGACAGGAAGAGUGAUUGUUGCUUCAAAAGAGAAGGGAGAUGGAGAAGAAAAAUGUGAAGCUGAUGAUGGUGAAGAGAGUGAGGCUUUCUUCUCUGUGAAGAGCUGCUUUUCUCGUUGCUCCAGCGAUGGUGGAUCAGAGUUGAAGGACUUCAGGAGGCGAUCGGUAUUUGAAGAGUUCAAACACUGUGAGGGAUGGCCAUUUGGACUGUCACGGAGAGCUUCGAUGCUACCGCCAUUGCCGAGCGUUCCUCGGGACUCUUGGAUGUGGCAUAAGAAAAAACUAGUUACGAAGUCUUGCACCCUCAAUUAAGCAUCAAAGACUGGAAUAAAAAAGAAGAGAGUUGGUGGCUUACUCUCAUAGAAGGUGGUUGGCUAGUAAUGAAAGAUUAGCUACAAAGGUGUGAGCAAUAAUGCUGUCGGUCUAUGAAUCUUUUGUCACUGGUUUUUAUAAAUGAGAGUGUUUGAUAAAUUUUUAUGGUGGUUUA